CGCACCGGGCCGGGCUCCUCCUCCGUGCCCUCUGCGCGGCGGCGGCGGCGGGGGGCGGCCGGAGCGGAGUGGGGCCGGGCCGGCCUCCCCGUACGGUUGGCACGCUCGGAAGGCGAUGCUGUGGGGGAGGCUGGCGCGGCCGGGCGGCGGCCGGAGCAAGCUGCCGCCGGGCGCCUGGCGCCACUUCUGGGGGUGGCUGAACGCCGUCUUCAACAAAGUGGACUACGAACGUAUACAAGCUGUUGGCCCCGACAGGGCAGCUUCAGAAUGGCUGUUGCGCUGUGGCGCGUUUGUGCGCUAUCAAGGCUAUCAGAAAUGGCAGCAGGACUACAAUGGUCUCCCAACGGGACCCCUGGGGAAAUACAAGAUAGAAGCAAUCAACGCUACUGACUCUUGCAUCAUGUACAGAGGAUUUGACUAUUUGGACGGUCUUGAACACAUUACAGAAAUCAAGCUGCAGAAGUGUAUUUACAUACAGGACGAGUGUUUGCAGAGGCUCAGCGAGACGAAGAAUCUACAGAAGAGUCUCCUCCAGCUGAAGAUAAUUUCCUGUGGGAAUGUCACAGAUAAAGGCAUCAUUGCACUUCACAAGCUGACGAACCUUGAAUAUUUGUAUCUGAGUGACCUUCCUGGAAUAAAAGAGAAAGAAAUUACUGUUCGCAUCCUUCAGCAGGCGCUGCCAAACCUAGAGCUGGAGCUGGACUUGGAGUAAACGCAAUUGCAUGUAACUGAGGUGUAUUUGAUUUCACAGUAUUUAUCAUAUGUUGCACAAAUGAAGUUGUAGACAGUACUGUACUUCCAGGUACGGAAAUAAGCCCAGCUCUCCCAAUCCAGGCUCAAAAGCCAUAUGCAAUCUUUUGACAUAUUAUGCAGUUAAGUUUUAUUAAGUGUAAACUGUACGGCAAAGCAACAACAGAGAAGGCAGGCUUCUGUGCAUAGUCAUUUCCCCCGUUUUUUGUUAAGACACCAAUUAGAAGUUUUCAAAUAAUAGUGUUGAACAGAAAUUCUGGUGCAAAAUGACAGUGGGAAGAAUGUCAGUGUUGUGAAACAGCAGCGCUGUACACUUUUAUUGCAUGUUGGUGACGCUGUGGGAAUGAGAGCUGUUUGCUUUCUGAGAAUCUCGCCCCGUCAGUGGGUGCCGAUUCAAUAAAAUAGCUCCUGGGCCUGUU